CAUUGCAUUAUUUCCCAGAAUAUCAGUGGUUGGUGGAUUUCACUGUUGCAGCUACAGUUGUGUAUGUGGUGACUGAAGCCUACUACAGUAUUGUGAAGCCUUCGCAAGAAAUGAAUAUUAGCGUAGUAUGGUGUCUACUUGUCUUGGCUUUUGCAGUUAAGGUACUGUUUUCAUUGACUACCCAUUAUUUCAAAGUAGAGGAUGGAGGUGAAAGAUCCGUCUGUGUCACCUUUGGUUUCUUCUUCUUUGUGAAAGCAAUGGCAAUUCUCAUUGUGACAGAAAACUAUCUAGAGUUCGGACUGGAAUCAGGAUUCUCAAAUUUCUCAGAAAGUGCUAUGCAGUUUCUUGAAAAGCAGGGAUUGGAAUCCCAGGGUCCUGUGUCUAAACUAACCUUCAAAUUGUUCCUGGCUGUUCUGUGUUCACUUAUUGGUGCUUUUUUGACAUUCCCUGGCUUGCGACUGGCUCAAAUGCAUCUGGAUGCUCUGAAUUUAGCAACAGAAAAAAUAACACAAACAUUGCUACAUAUAAACUUCUUGGCACCUUUAUUUAUGGUUCUACUGUGGGUAAAACCAAUCACUAAGGACUACAUUAUGAACCCACCUUUGGGCAAAGAGAGCAUCCCUUUAAUGUCAGAAGAUACAUUUGACACCAUGAGGUUGUGGAUUAUAAUCCUGUUGUGUGCUUUGCGAUUGGCUAUGAUGCGUCAUCAUUUACAAGCCUAUCUCAAUUUAGCCCAGAAAAGUGUGGAUCAGAUGAAAAAGGAAGCUGGCAGAAUAAGUAUGGUUGACUUACAAAAAAUGGUGGCUCGAGUAUUCUAUUAUCUUUGUGUAAUUGCACUGCAGUAUGUUGCACCAUUGGUAAUGCUCCUUCACACAACUCUGCUCUUGAAAACACUAGGUAAUUAUUCUUGGGGCAUCUACCCGGAGCUGAAUUCUGACACUCCAGUAGAAAACAGUCUGCUUCCCAGUUCAGUUUAUUCUGAGUCUCCACCUGCUGAUGGAAAGAUGAAAGUAACUGUAGUACAAAUAACAAUGGCUUUGGGAAGCCUAAAGAAUAUUUUCACUCCUCUGCUGUUCCGGGGACUCCUGUCUUUCCUCACCUGGUGGAUUGCUGCUUGCCUCUUUUCUACAAGCCUUUUUGGGCUUUUCUAUCACCAGUACCUGACUGUAGCGUGA